AUGAGGAAUAAUUGUGGAACAAUAACGGCGCUUGCCGGCAACGACGAUGUGAAAAGGCAGUUGGUUAAGUCCGGGAUAGUGCCUAUAGUAAUUGCUUUACUCAACAGACAUUCUAAUAAUCCAAUAGCCAGUUCAUUACUACUGAAAUGUAUCUCGGCGUUAAGUCUACGCGAGCCGGCGCACGGGAAAUUGUUCUUAGAGAACGGUGUAAUAGAGGUCAUAGUCGAAUGUCUGUCUGUUCAUCAAGAUAAUUCUAGUGUACAGAAAAACGGUUGUUGGGCUGUUCGCAAUAUGGUAGCGAGGUGUCGUGAAUACAAUACUAAAUUUCACGAGCUGGGAAUCGAAUCCGUACUGAACAAGGCGUAUGAAAAGUUUGGAAAAGACUUCGGAUUUGACAUCAAAUCUGCACUCCGAGAUUUAGAAUGUGAUGUAAAGUUUGACGAACAAUGGACGGGGAAAGGUGUUCAAUUAGAA